CUCCAUCCCGCUGCCUCUCUCUCUCUCUCUCUCUGAUCCUCUCUGUAGUGAAGCAUGCAGGCAAAUCCAGCCUCACUCUUCCAGCGGAUUCUCUCCAGCUCAGCCUGUAAAAGAAGCCGUGGUUUCAGUCAGAGAAGGGCAUAAGGCCUGCGGACACUGCCGGACCCCAAAUACCCCCACCUGCGGUUCUAACCCUCAGUCAGAGAGAGAGAUCCGAGGCGGAACCCUCAGCUCCAGCAGGAGGAAGCUCUGGGGAGCAGACGUGAAGCAGAGAGAGGAGGAGGAGAAAUCGAGGAUCAUCACCUGAUUACUUUUCUCUCAGCUCCAGUCUCAGCUGUUGAGUUUUGGUGAUCCAGUGCAGCACUGCAGCCUCAGCUUUCUGGUCUCGGCUGAGAAAACUGGAACUUAUCUUCUGCUGCUGUAGCUCAUCUGCUUUAAGUUUCUUCACAGAAGACGUCAAAGCAGCCUCCCUCCAAGUCCAGGUCUAACGGACCCAUGAGGAGGCUAUGUGGUGGCCCAGCGACGGUCAGUACUCCAGACCUACGGAAAAUCAGAUAACAUGGGGACUCUGUUAAAAUCCGUGACAAGUCCACAGCUGUAACUGCAGAGAGAAAAAAAAAGUACCUGCUUCUCCACAGACGAUCCCACUUGAUCUGACUGCCUACUCCUCUGCACUCUACAGACUCUACCCCUCUCCCUUUCUCCACAAUUACCAUAACAGCCCUUAUCUCUUCCCACUAUCCCCCAUCAUGAAGAGUAAGUCGCGCAUCCUGUCCUCUCCCUGCAGUUCCUUCCUCCUCCUGUCUUCUCUUCUCCUGCUAUUUUCUGCGCCGGCUCUCGUCAGCGGCGACUGCUGGCUCAUCGAAGGGGAUAAAGGCUACGUGUGGCUGGCCAUCUGCAGUCAGAACCAGCCGCCGUACGAGACAAUCCCGCAGCACAUUAACAACACGGUGCACGACCUACGUCUCAACGAGAACAAGCUCAAGGCUGUUUUCUACUCCUCGCUCAGUCGAUUCACCAACCUGACGGACCUAAACCUCACUAAAAACGAGAUAUCCUACAUCGAGGACGGUGCAUUCGCUGGCCAGGCCAACUUGCAGGUGCUGCAGCUUGGAUACAACAAACUCACCAACCUGACUGAGGGCAUGUUGCGAGGUUUGGGGCGCAUGCAGUGCCUCUUCUUGCAGCACAACCUCAUUGAGGUCAUUGCCACCAACGCUUUCUGGGAGUGCCCCAGCCUCAGCAGCCUGGAUCUGUCCUCUAACAAGCUGGCCCGAUUAGACCCGUCCACGUUCACCGUGGUGGGAAGGCUGAUGGUGUGCGAGCUUGCAGGAAACCCGUUUCACUGUGGAUGUGAGCUCUACAGCUUCCUUACCUGGUUGGAGGCCUUCAACAACGUCACGCACACCUACGAUCGGCUACAGUGCGAGACUCCUCGAGAGCUUUUCGGCUACCCUUUGUUAAGCCCUGUAGGGGGACACGGUCGCAGUGCUCGCAACAUCCUCUCCUCCAUGUGCCGAGAUGGGGUUUUCAUACCAGGGAUGACUUCUCUACCACCAGAUCCAGACUCCUCAGGCAUGGAUCCUAACAUGUUUGACCGUAUUGGGCCAUACCAUCAGCCCACAACCUCGUCCUCCUCUGAGAAUACUUUCAGCCCCAGCAUUAAACUUCAGCAUGUGUCGCUCUCUUCAGCAUCCUUACUAGUGCAGAUACCCCGACCCUACAGCAAGAUGUACAUCCUCGUACAGUACAACAAGAGCUAUGUCUCUGAUGUGAUGAAUCUGAAGAACAAGAAGGAGUUAAUCACUCUCAACAUGCUGAAACCCAACAAAAACUACACCUUUUGUGUGGCAUCAAUACGCAAUUCGCAACGUUUCAACCACACAUGUCUCUCCUUCUCCACUCGAGCGCCGACGCCAGCCGAAAUGCUGUCAAACCCCUCCACUACUACUCAUUACAUCAUGACUAUCGUGGGCUGCUUGUUUGGCAUGCUGAUUGUUCUUGGCCUGGUCUAUUACUGUUUGCGGAGGCGGCGAAGGCAAGAGGAGAAAGAAAAAUCCAUCUGUGUGAAAAAGACCAUCUUGGAGAUGCGCUACGGACCAGAGGUGGCGGCAGCCGCCGCAAAUGACCCGACGGCAGUGCAGAAGCUCCACGAGCAGACCCACCACCAGCACCACCAUGGAAAGCUGCCCAUGUCCUCGUCCUCCAGCUCAGGAUUGCUCGGUCACGGCUCUGCAAACACAAGCUCUUCACGACUCUCCUCCAUCCCUCAAGUAGAGAAGAUGGCGACUGCCUUCUCGGAAGCUAUGGCAAGCAAGGGCAACUACAUGGAUAUUAGGACUUCAGGAGUAGGGGAAGGGAGAGAUGGAGUGAUGCAGGCUGUCAGAGCGGAAGACCUUAGGGAGGAAGAUGGCAGUGACCUUGUGGAUGACUCGGAUGACGAUGGUCGAGGAUCGGCGUCAGAGAUCUCUACUAUUGCGAUGGAAGUUGACAAGGUCAACCAGAUCAUCAACAACUGCAUUGAUGCCCUCAAGCUUGAUUCUGUAGCUGCCGCUGUGUCAUCUGCUGCUACGACGAGUGUGAAUCCCACUUCCCCUCCACCUUCCAUCACCUCUUCCUUGACCCGGGGUCUUAUUCCACUUUCAGGCGUUGUCACGGAGGGCUGUCAGGUGAUGCCAUCGCCCAAAAUCCCUCCUCCACCUCCUCUUCCUCUUGCAGGUUCUCUUUCUGAAAGGCCUGGGAUCACAGGAGGGGGCUUUGUGUCACCUCCCUACAGGCCUCCGCCACCAGCUUCAGCAGUGAGGCCUAUCCAGAGACAGAUGAGCGCAGAUGCAGCUGUUAUUGUCAGCUCUUCAAAAAAGCAUUGCGGCCCUGCUGGAGGCAAAGCCCGUGUUUACAGCCUGGAUGUGCCAGAGCCCAGGAGUCCUGAUCCCUGCCAGUAUCCUGAAAAAGGAAGUCCCCUGCGUUGUGGGGAACCCCUUGAGAGGCUUCCUUUAGUUGGUGGUGGUGGUGGAGGUGGGGGUUGUAAUAUGGAUGGAAGCACUGUGGAUGGAAUUGCCCUUCAACAGCACCUGGAGGUGCAUCCGGACUUCCAUUGUGCUGAGCACCGUCAUUCUGUCCCCGCUCUCUACUAUGAGGGUUCCCAUGACUCCCCUGCCCAAAGGGCAUCUUUCCUCAAACCCCUUUCUCGCACCAAGAGGGACGCUGCCUCCUACUCCCAGCUCUCACCCCGCCACCACAACUACUCGGGCUACUCCUCCAGCCCAGAGUACUCCACCGAAAGCACCCUGCGAAUCUGGGAGCGCUUCCGCCCCUACAGGAAAGGCCCGCGGGAGGAGUCCUGCUACAUCACAGCCGGAAACGCUCUGCGCAAGAAGGUCCAGUUCGCGAAGGGCGAGGACUUGCACGACAUCCUCGACUACUGGAAGGGUGUGUCAGCUCAGCAGAAGCUGUAGGCUCUGAGGCAGUGAAGGCUCCAGAGCAUGGGCCUUCUGCGCUGCCUGAUUAGCUUGAUGAUCCGUCAUGGAAGAGCAGCCAAGGGGAUGGUUGCUGUGUACAAAGCAAAGUUAAGUUUUUCAGGGUCUGAGGACAAGUUGUUUUGAUCUGUCUGUGUACAGGAUGAGUCAUCAAAGAGCCAGAAAAUGGGAGGGAGGGAGGGAGGGAGGGAGAAAGAGAGAGAGAGAUGUAGAACGAGGGAGAGAGCAAGUGAGAGCAAGCAUGACAAUACAGUACAAAUCCGUGGUAGCAUUCGUUUAGAUCUAAUUUUAGGCCCGAAAGAAAGCUGAGACCAACUCUCAUAAUAGUCGUGUUCAAUGAACAUAUUCCAGGGGGCAUAUCAUUUGUUAUAAAAUAAUCGCAUUCGCCCAGUAUUCAUUUGUGUUUGCGUCGUUUGUGUCAAUAGCGAGACCUUUUGUAGCCCGAGUCCUCGUUGAGCCUGAGAGAGGGUGUGCAUGUGUACUCCCACACGAUUCACAGGGCACCGCAUUCAUCUGUGAGCCAGCCAUGUGGAAGAGUGUUUGUGUGUGUCUGUGUGUGUGUACGUGUUAGAAAGAGCGAAAUGCGCUUAUAUUCUAUAAAGCUGUCAAAAGCAGACUUUGCAAUCUAUAUUUGAGAGAUCCCGCGAGUGGCGACCCGAUUUACAUUUCAAUAGUAUUUGUCAUCGAAAAAAGAAACGAGGAUAAAGGUGGAGGAAAUGUGAAAUAUAAAACAGAAGAAACACCCCAGGGAGCUUCGCUACUGUCAGGAUCUUUUUGCCAGCUGCAUGCAGUGCUGAACAGGCGGGUACACAAAUGAGGGAAACCUAGUAAAUAAGUCAAUGCCAACCAGGGCUGGGGCGAAUGUAUAGAAUGCACAAUGUAUAGAAGUUCCAUAUCACAGGCUGAUCACUGAUUGGACUCUUACUCUUUAUCACAGGUUUCUUUUUUCAGUGUACCUGGCACUGGCAUGUGUCCAGACAGCUGUCUACAUUGAUGGCAUAGAUUCCAUUUCUACUAUUUCACUUGCACCAGGUUGGGUAGGUUGGGUACACCUGGUGCCUUUAUAACAGAUGUAUUUGCAGUGCAGAAAGAGUCCUGAAAUACAGAUUUGUUUACGUGAUGUACAUUGUGCGUUGCAUUGAAGCAAUGUGGCCUAGGCUGUGCAGUGUCAGGAUCAACUACUACCACUCCUACUGCUCACUAUUGCUCACUACUGCUCACUACUAUACUAUAUAGUUUACAUUGUCCAGUGUCUAAUGUCCAUUGAACAGUUCGGUCUUGUUUCUUCUUCUUCUUUCGUUUUCCUUUCAUAAGAUCCAUAACCCAUAAAUCAGUCAACUAACAAGAGGACGAAAGAUACAGGAUACAGACACAGAGCAUGGAAAAGGAUAGAAAUAAUAUAAUAUAUUUAUAUAUAUAUAUAUAUACACAGUAUAUAUUAAUAAGUAUAGAUCUGUGCCCAUUAAUAUUUCAAAACUCUAUGUAAAACCAGCCAAUUCCAUAUAUAAAUAUUCAAAGGUAUCAUUUGUACUAAAAACGACACAUUCAAUUAACUCCAACACCUCUAUUUCCAGCCAUCACUUAAUUAACGAAUGUCCGGUUUGAUUAGGCUAGCUAAUUAGCAGCGAGCUAAGGCUGGUUCAUGUACAUCUGUGUGUAUAGAGAUUUAGGGGUGGGUGGGUUUGGGGAGGGAGUUGUAACAACCUCAGAUUUGAUUAAAAAGAAACACUCUCUUCGUUGCCCCCAUUACUCUCGUUUAACCUACAGCUUCAUGGACCAGUAAACCAAAAAAUGGGAUGAUUUGAUUAGUGACACUAAGGGAGAAGUGUACGUAUGUUAGCAGUCCUACGGCAGUUCUACAGGGUUCUGCUCAGUAACUCAUUAUAUCAUUAUUUAUCCAUUUUUUUGUCAGUAAACUGAAGCUGUUGAGUUUGAUAUGUAGUUAUGUGUCAUUUUAUUGUCUUGGAUUUUGGAUGCACUGUAGGGAAAAUGAAGUUAAUGAUGAAAAUGUAAAAAUUUUUACAUCUUCAACAAGUGAUUUUCCAUUUUUACACCUCCAUUUUCCAUUUUCACAUCUCAGUGACUGAGGACUACGGCAAAUAUGUUCCAAGGCCUAGGCUGCAGUCGAGGAAUGGCACUGUCCUAUAAAGGCUCCUUAUCAGUAGACUGUUAGUUACACAUAUAAAGUCUGUGGUGACUUCACCUGAAAGAGGUCCCUUCUCUUGCAAUUGCGACGCAAAACUUGCGCUUUUUACAUUUAUUCCAGGAAACAAAAGUUCAAAUUCUACCAGAAGACUCCAGAAGAAGCAUAUAUAUAUAUAAAUAUGCUUUUAGAACUAAACUCUAACAUUUUUCUAGAGAUGUAAAAGUUUUUGACUGAAGUAAAAGUCUUUGGGUCUUUGGCGUAGGCUCCAAUUGUUGGCCCAAGUCCUGUAGCUUCUACAUAUCGCAGAUCCUGCUAGAUCAAGAAUGCAGGGGCGGAGCUAACCUCCAGAGACAUGACAUGGACAUGACACACCUGGUGAUGCUGGGGAGGGCAGUGUCUGAAAAUAGCAAAGCUGUUGUGUUUGUACAGCUGGUGAUUGGUCAAGGCAAAGGUGACUUAGCAUCUCUAAGAGUCUCCUGGUAGAACCUGAAGCUUCAAUGAAGCUUUCAUUUCUAAAAAAAAAA